AUGGGCACGCAACUCUCUGCCUUGAAGAACUCUCACGGCGAAGGUGCGGAGCGGACGCACUUCGCCGCGACCGAGGCCGCCCUCGCUGCAGUGUUGAAUAAAGAAGAAAAAACUCGAAGCGAGAAACACAAAGGGCCCUCCGCUCUCCAGGUGUGCAGUCGACUUGUGCGGCGGAGUAUUCACGAGGCGUACUACGUCUCGUGCCGCGUGCUAGGGCAAGGCUCGGGCGGAUCGAUCUACGGCGCGCGCAGCAAGUUAACUGGUCGCGAGUGCUGCAUCAAGUUCUUUCAGAAAAACGCGCGCUCCUUGGGCGUCACCGCAGCGAGAAACACCCGCCUGAAAAUCCGGAACGAAAUCAACGUCCACCUCAGAGUGGAUCACCCGAAUAUUGUGCGGCUCCUCGAAAUCUACGAAGAUGAAAAGCAGCUGGCGGUUGUCAUCGAGUAUUGCUCGGGAGGAGAUCUCUUUUCUCACUUAUCGACACGAGGCCGAUUUCCCGAGCAGCACGUGCGGCCGCUAGUGCAUCAGAUGCUGCUGGUGCUGUGCUACCUGCACGCCCACAACGUGGUGCAUCGCGACCUGCGCCUCGAGAAAUGGGUCUUCGCCACCGACCGCAGUCAAGCCGGAUGCGCACCAGGCGCCCCGGUCCCCGUCGGCGCGCUGAAGCUCGUCGACCUCGGGCACGCUAAGCUCUGGAGCGAAAAAACGCGACGCAUGGAGGCUGCUUGCGGCUCACUCCCCUACGCCUCCCCAGACGUCCUCGUCGGGGGCUACACGCAGGCGUGCGACCUGUGGUCGCUGGGCGUCAUGACUUACAUGCUGCUCUGCGGCCAUCCGCCCUUCCACGGCAGACAGCAAAGCCUGGUGUCGCAAAUUCUUUCGGGCGCCUACAGCACCAGCACUCCUGGAUGGGAAGGCGUGUCGGACGCGGCGCGCGAUUUCGUCGAGCGCCUCAUGGACGUUGAUUCUGUGCGGCGCAUGACAGCACACGAAGCAUUCACGCACGUCUGGCUAGCUUCGGUGAAACCGCCGGUGGAUGUUCCUCUGCCUUCGGAUUUUCUCACUUCCGUCAAGAAGUUCGCGGUAGGGAGCAGCGUCCGACGAGCGAUUCUGACCACGAUGGCCUACUCGGUGACGCCUGAAGCCGCUGGAGGGCUUGAUCAGCUCUUCUUCUCCUGGUGCAAGACGCCGAGAGGCACCAUUCAGCUGGACGAGUUUAUGGCGAGCAUGAAGUCGCACUUCGCCUUCCUCGACGUCCCCCAGAUCGUCGAGUUUUUCGAGGCCCUCGAUUCGUCGCACGACGGGGAGAUCUCCUACAACGACUUUCUAGCGGUCAUGUUGAGCGCAGAGCUCGAGAACGACGUCCACCUCCUCACUCACACCUUUCACAAAUGGGAUGCGGAUCGCUCAGGCUACAUUUCACUGGAUGACUUGCGCGUGCUGCUGGGCGAUCGGUACCGCGAGGACGCGCUGGAGGAGAUGAUGCAGGAGCUCGACGCGAACGGCAAUGGCCAUAUCGAUCUCGACGAGUUCAUCGCAGCUGUCUGCGACGACGACUUCGACUCCGAGAGCCGCGACGAUUCUUCCGCGUACCGCGCAGUGGGAGCGGGCGCGCGGCGACCGAUCCUGAACAUCAGCGCGUCAGCGGAGAAAGCGCUGGUGCAGUAUCACAGAGGGAGGCGACGUCGCUAA